GUGUAUCAGUUACAUAAACUAUAACAACUUGUCGCUAGCCCACACGUAGUUAUGCGCAGAACUAGUCCCCUGAAUUCGGGUUGUCCACCACGGUCAGGCCACUCGGUAUCGGCGCGCUAAGAAGGCAUUGCAGUCACCUUUCAGCUUGCUGCUUCGGGAGCAAGUGUGCCGGAGGCGGUCACAAACCCAACGUGCUCUCACGCUUGCGCCCACACCCCAGACCGCACUCUUGAACUUGCGGCGCAAGCGCCAGAGUCACGUUGCUCAGGUCCUAGGUUGCUUUGGAUCUCCAUCUGGGCGCACGUGACGGGCCCCAGGCAGAAUGGCGCCUGCCGGUUCGGCGGCGGGUGGCGAGCUUAAGCAGCGCAAGGCUCCGCGCAUACCUGUGGGCCUGGCAUUGAAGGAGCACAAGGAGAGCAAGGAGCUGUACUGGGCAGUGGUGGCCAUGCAGGCGAUGCCCAGUGGGGGUAUCUCCAUCCUUUUCCCCUACUCCGAGGUCUGGCAAAAGCCAAGAAAGGGCUCGGUUGCGUUCACCUUCGUGGACGAGCUCAAGGCACAUGCGCCAGACCUGGGGAACUUCACGGUGCACGUGACGAAGGAGUGGAUGGAGGCGUGCUUCGUGGACCCCGGCUGGGAGGCGCUGGUGGAGUCGCCCGUGCGCGUGCUGGGAGCAACUGUCGGGAUAAUGACCGGGUUGCUUCCUCCGGAGGGCGUGCCGCUGAACCUGGGCGGCAAGGGGCGGCGCAGCCCGCCGCGGAGCAAGGCCGCAGCGGCGCUGACGGGCGCCGGGCCAGAGGGGUUAAGCACCAUGGGUCUGCUGCGGCAGGUGCUGCCGAUGAUGAUGCUGAACGCGGCGAUCGUGGCCGGGGUAUGGUUGCUGGCAAAAUGGGUGGAGAGGCGGAUGGAGGCCGAGCGUGGGAGAGCGUAGUUCGGGGCGGGCGUCCUGCAGAGAAUCGAGACGGCUCGCGGCGCGGGGGCGGUCUUUGCGGGGGCGUUUGGCAUGGAUUUGGGGAAUUGGGUUUUAGUCGGCCAUGGUGUAUGUGCAUGGUGGAGUAGGGGGCGCUGCGGGACCUGGGGGUUACUGGGCGCGCCAAACGAGGCAGCGUUUGGGGUGCAGCGUUGACCAGCGUGGUGCACGAAGCAGGUCAUGCGCAUGGGCCGCGACUGAAGCUCAUUAACUACCGCGGCCUCGGCCUCUGUAAUUCUCCUUAGUC